AUGUCCCGCACUCUUCGUUCGGGGAAUGCCUACAAUGAUUUCCCUACCGCUCCUCCGCGCCCUGCUCGUACUGCACCCCCUAAUGUAACCAACAACCGGGACUACACCGUAAAUAGCAGGCAAAUCCCUGCGGGCCUCUUACGCAAAAAGGUUGCUGAGUGCCAGCUCGAGUUUCUAGAUGUCGGCCCAGUAGAUCCAGAAGAUCCUACCGACACAAAUCGAGAUAACCAUACCAUCCUUCGACUCACGUUCUUACAUCGGUUGAAGGAAGAUGAUACCCCAUACGCACCUAUUGGCACCAGGGGAGUUAUCCUAGACUUGGAAGGCUUUCAGGGACUGAACGGCACAAAUAGGUCUAUACUAAUGAUGUCUACUUUCGGAUACCAAGGCCCGCAUCAGACAGCCCUCCACUGGAAAAGCAUACCAAUGGGCCGCAAUAAGACAGUUGGGGAUUGUGUUAAGAUCAUUCGAGACACCACUUUGCUCCCUUGUCACCUUGAUGCCAGAAAUUCCACCUUGGUUGGCUGUAGAGAUUUUACGUCGCAAAUGAUUUAUCAAUUGAAUCUGUGGGGGUUUUUGAGAAUUCCGGCUAAUGCUCACGAUUCUAUAUACACCCUUUUCAACUACAGAUAUAAUCUCCCUCUCCCCUCUGCCAUUAUGAACCUUAACGUUACCCCCAGUACUGUGGACUAUGCUCUCUUUAGACUGACAUACCCGCAUAUAGUCAUUACCGGUAUCACUUAUACUGGCGGAAUACGUCAAUUCCUUCCCUAA